AUGCCAGCGAUUCACCGACAGGCCGGUGGCGAGAGGGACAGGGGAGGCGGAGAAUGGGCGGAAGGGGAAAGAAGAGGGGCAGCCGCAGGUGACGGCGGAAGGGCAGUGCGCAAGCGGGGGGAAGGGGGAAGGAUUGGGGAAGGGCAAGGCCGGGGGGGGGGCGCGAGAGUGGGGGAGUUUGUGGAGGCGGACUGGUAUGAAGCGGACUGGAAACAUGUCUCCCCCCUUUCCGCCGUCACUCCCCCCGAGCCCCCCGCCUCUGACGCGUGGCAGUGGUCCCGCUUUGGGCGGCAACUUAGCCGCCAAGACGGCCGCCCGGGCGGCAGGUCUGCGCGCAGCGAGCUGGACGGGAUGAUGGGCGGGGCGAGCGGGGGGGAAGGGGGGAGCGCGCGGAGGGAUGCGCGGGAGGAGUAUGUGAAUCGGUUCAAGGCGAAUCCCCCCCGCGCCUGGCGCGGGUGCGGGGGAGAAGCGGGGGAGGGGGCAGCAGAGCGGGGGAGGGGAGGGGAGGGAGGGGCGGGAAGGGCGGGAAGGGCGAGAGGGGAGGGAGGGGCAUGUGCCGUGUUUUGGGGCGGCAGGGGGAGGGGAGGACGGGACAGAGCACAACUGGGGAGGGGCGAAUCUGGGGAGAAUCUGCCCACGCCCAAGCAGAUCCGGGCAGCUCUGGAUGAAUUUGUGAUCGGGCAGGAUAAUGCGAAAAAGGUUUUGGCAGUGGCAGUUUACAAUCACUACAAGCGCAUCUUUCUUGAAAACCAGAAGCGGGAAAGACUUGCCAACCUGCCAGAGGGGGCGUGCGAGAACCUGGUGGGGGGCGGUGAGGAGGACGAGGUGGAGGUGGAGAAGAGCAACGUGCUGCUGAUGGGUCCCACGGGUUCAGGCAAGACCCUACUGGCCAAGACUCUGGCUCGGUUUGUCAACGUGCCAUUCGCCAUUGCUGAUGCCACCACUCUCACUCAGGCUGGUUAUGUGGGAGAGGACGUGGAGAUGAUUCUCUAUAAGCUGCUGCAGAGCGCCAAUUUCAGUGUGUCAGCAGCGCAGCAGGGCAUCGUGUAUAUCGACGAGAUCGACAAGCUUACCAAGAAGGCAGAGGGCAUCACGAGCACACGGGACGUGUCAGGGGAGGGCGUGCAGCAGGCGCUUUUGAGGAUGCUCGAGGGCGCUGUGAUCAAUGUGCCAGAGAAAACAGGGAGGAAGAAUCCAAGAGGCGAGUUCAUACAGCUGGACACACAGAACAUUCUCUUCAUCUGUGGAGGGGCAUUCGUGGAUCUGGAAAAGACGAUUGCAGAGAGGAAGCACAAGUCAUCCAUCGGCUUCGGGGCCCCCGUGCGCGCAUCGCUGCGCAACCGAUCGGUGCUUGACGCCCGCACUGCCGGCUCGCUGCUGCAAUCGGCAGAGAGCACGGAUCUGAUAGCCUAUGGGCUCAUCCCUGAGUUUGUGGGGCGAUUCCCCGUGCUGGUGGGGCUGCAUGCGCUCACAGAGGAGCAACUCGUGCAGGUUCUCUUAAAGCCCAAGAACGCCCUCAGCAAGCAAUUCGCCAAGCUAUUGGCCAUGAACAACGCCCGCUUGCACAUGACGGAGGGGGCAGUGAGGGCCAUAGCGCGCAGAGCAGCAGCGCGAAACACGGGGGCCAGGGGGCUGCGAUCGCUGCUGGAGGGGCUGCUCACCGAGGCUAUGUACGAGGUCCCCAGCAAUCUGGUGGAAGCAGUGGUGCUGGACGAGGCAUCGAUGGGGCACGAGGGGGAGGAAGGGGAAGAGGGCAAGCCGGUGUGCAACUGUGUCCUUGAUCAUUGCCCUCAUUCCACGCCCAUCCGUCAUCUCAUGCCCCAACCCACCAGGUCCCCAGCAGUCUAG